UUGAAUUACUACUGUUUCAGAGAUUUCCCAUACUAAAACAAAGCAUUGAGGUUGAACAAGGUCUAGAGGUCAGAGGAUAGAAGGAUACAACAUGGCCUCUAGCAAUCUUGUAGUCCCUGUUGUGAUGUGGGGUCGUGAUGCACCCUCUCAUUGUAUCAGUUCUGUUUACUUGAUGAGAGAUCAGAGAACAUUAGUCACUGGAUCACAGGAUGGACAGAUAAUAAUCUGGGCUCUUGACAACACGGAUACAUGGAAGCUGAAUCCACGUCAUAUGCUGAUCGGACACACGUCAUUAGUCAGGUGUAUAGCUAAAGCGUCUCCAGGCACAGAUUGUCACCAUAUCGUUUCCUCCUCCGACAACGGGGAGAUGUCCCUCUGGGACACCGUGGACGGGCAGUGCAUAGACAGCAAGAAGUUAAACUUUAUUCACACAAAUAUACAGGCUUACAGGGUUCCAGACUCAAGUGUGGUUAAACUAUUCUGCUGUGGGUUCUAUGAAGAGGUUCUGGUCAUGGAUCCAUACUCUCUUACAGUCACAUUUACACUUAACUCAAGAAUAAACCCCGAUUGGAUUGCAUCCUUCCAUGUACUGCGGCCAAGGAACCGUCAGGAUGAUGUUGUUCUUGCAUUAACUACAUCUGGUACCGUCAAGGUUUGGACGUUGAGCGGGGAGGAGGAUAAAUCCUCGAAUAAUAUUCUAGAAAAUGAAAGUAAACAAAUCAGAUGUUUGAAUGCCCUGUCAAUGACCUGCUGUGUGUAUAACAUGAGAACGGUGUUGGUAGUGUGUGCGACCUACUGGAACGUGUACGAUGCCGGGGACUUCACCUGUCUCCUCAGUGUACCCUGCAGGAGAGGAGAGAGAUGGAUAGGAGGUGAAUUUAUAGCGGCUGAUCGUAUAUGCUGCUGGUCAGAUACCGGUCACGGCUACCUGUAUAAACUCCCAACUAACUGUAUUGUAGAGUCCAAAGAUUUUCAUAACAAAACUGUUGAUGGUCAAGCGGGCAGACCUCGACUGUUCUGUGUGCUCAAACCCGAGGUGGAAGAGAAUUUAUCUUGUCCUCCAGCAUUCAAAUAUAUGAUCUUCAACAAGGAAGGCAGAUGGUGGAAAUAUCUGCUUAGGGGAGACAACAAGGGAGCUAUCAGUGUCUGGAGAAUACCGGAUACGGCGGAGUGUGCUGCCCUGCAGCUCAAGGCGGAAAAGGAUGGAACGGCGGAUAGUUUAUAUCCUGUAGCAACUCAUAGUGUUAAGAAAUCCUGGAAGAGUAUUAUUCCACCUCCAGUGGGUAUUCUAGAUCAAUUAGAUCAAAAUAUGAACCAGCAACCCCCGGAUUUGAGUGGAGAUGAUGAUGAGAACUCUCCUGCACUAACCAGUCAUAUUUUCCUGCCAGUUCAAUGCCGUCUAGUCUUAGGUCGAGAGGAUGGAAGUAUUGUUUUGGUUCCAGCAACUCAGACCAUCAUGAUGCAUUUACUUCGAGGCAAACAUCAUAAAUACACCAGCUGGCCCCAACAUCAGCUGCUCCUGGGGCACACAGGGCGGGUCAACUGCUUGCUCUAUCCUAACAAUGAGAACCCGAGAUAUGAUGUUGCACAUCUUAUUUCCGGAGGAAUUGAUUUCUCUGUUUGUCUCUGGGAUAUUUACACUGGUUCCUUGAUACAUAGAUUCUCCAGUCAUGGGGGAGAGGUUUUACGCCUAUAUGUUCCCCCACCUGGAGUAUCUCACAGAGUUGGUUACUGUGUCUGUGGGGUAGCUAGUGAUCAUUCAGUGACAUUACUCUCAUUAAAGGAGAGACGUUGUAUACUACUUGCAUCACGUCAACUGUUCCCUGUAACGAGUAUAAAAUGGAAACCAUUGGAUGAUUUUAUGCUUGUCUGCUGCUCAGACGGAUCUAUUUAUAUUUGGCAGAUGGAAACCGGACACCUAGACAGAGUUGUAUCUGGAAUGGCUGCUCAGGAUAUUCUUGAAGCUUGUGACGAAGGAUCAGGAGGAGGUGCUGGAGGAGGAGGGGCGGGGGGAGGAGAGGCUAACCUCGCCAACCCAGCUCUAGGACUCCUCCGAGGUAUCCGACAUCGGAACCUGGCGGCAAUAAAAAUGGCGACUCAGCGGGGGAUAAACAAACUGCAAGGACCAGGAGACAAGGAAUACCAGUACCAGGAGAAAGUGAGAGCCUUCCCCCUGGUAGUGGACGGGUUCAGGACCAACCAGGCGGACCCCGAGGGGCACAUUCUCUUCUUUGAUGUCGAGGCACUCAUUGUACAGCUUCUAACAGAAGAAUACACGGUUAUGUCUCCAGGAACAAUGGAAGUUCAAGGAUUAACGAACCAGGCUGAAUAUGAACGUAUCCGAGCCCUCACUAAAGUUAAUAGUCCAGAUGCGGCCAAAAAGAUUGCAGGAUUUUUAAACAAGGUAAAAGAUACUGCAGAUUCUCGAUUGCAAGCUGGUAUAACUGCAAGUCCAGAAACUCAGAAGAAACUGACAGGAAUUAUGUCUAAGGUGAAAGAGGGUGCUGAGAAGGCCAAAGAAGAGUUGGAGAAAGCAAAACGAGAGUUUGAGGACAGGAUGCAUGAAGAUAUGAGCGACAAAGGAUCUAUUACUGAGGAGAACGGAUUACGACCUAGUUCUCUCCAGCUAGAGAUAAACCUGACCCUGGAGAUAGGUCAGCUCCUCCUCUCCCUCCUUCAUGCCUGGGGUCUAGACAAGGACCUGGAUAAGGUUGCGCUCACUAAACUGGGACUGCUGAAACCAAGAUUUCCAGUAAGUUUUGGUCUUGUAUCUGGAGCAGGAGGGAUGUCUCUAGUUCUUCCAACUUGGAAUCCAAGACGGGACAAUCCAAACCUACCUACACUAGUCGAGUACUUUACAGCUGUUGGACAUUGGGAGCUUUCUCACACAAUAACAACUCAUCAUUUACUCUCUUUAAUCUCUGUAACCAACACCCUGACAUCAGUCUCAAAUGCAAGCUUUGUCCCGGAGCAAGAACGGAAACGGAAGCUGGUUCGACAGGCCACACAUGGAGCAAUGGAUGUAGGGAACCUAGAUAUUUCAUUCUCAAAACAACAAGAGCAUAUAAAACAGGGCUGGAGCCUACUAUCUACUCUACACUGUGUUCUUCUGCAUGAUAAGGUGAAACAAUUAGGUUCUGCUCGUCAUAAACGGAUCCAAGUUGAGAUUCUAGCAAUUAAAUGGCAGGAUAGAUGUUUACAGGUUCGCCUGGCUUCUCAGGAACUACUGGUUGCAGAAUUGAAGAAUAUGGGACCAACUGGCAGAAAACAUCUUGUAGAGAUUUGGAGCCCAUACGUUCCAAAGUUUGGGGAUCCUCCUUUCCAGACUUCUCAUAAUCUUAUAAAUGGAACUAACACUGGAGCAUCUUCUCCCCCACCCGAACCCCAGCAUAUUGAUGAGGAAGAUGAAAGAGCGAGUUCUGCCCGAGACUUUCGGCCGGAUGAAGACGACCCGAGUGCUGCUGCUGCCAAACGUAAUCAAACCACAGCUGUUAUUCUUUGUGGAGUUAUUGGAGCUUUGUUUGAUCUAGAAUUGGAAAAGGAUGAGAAGAAAGAAGGUGGAAUACCUGCCCUUGAUACUGUGAUGACCCGGCUGACCGCAAAGGCUCUGAUGUACCUGGUCCUCUCCCCAGCCUCGGAGCAGCUUCCAGCUCAUACACCACUCAGGAGAGCAGCGCUUGAUCUCAUAGGACGAGGAUUUGUUCUGUGGGAACCCCAUCUUGAAGUAUCGAAGGUACUCCUAGGACUCCUAGAUAUGGCAAGUGAAGCUGAUAAAUGGGUUCCAAGUCAGAAGUAUGCUCUUCCUCUCACACCCGUUGCUGACUGUUGUCGAACAGCGCGGCACGCGCUCUCUAGUAUUGCCAAAGCCAGGGCAGGAGUCUUCAUUACCAGUAUUGCCAAAGAGAUUGCGAGGUACAACACCUUGGCCUCGAACCAGCAGACCCUAAACGUGAACCUAAACCACCACGUUCUAUCAAGAAGUAAGGCUGAGGUCCUCCAUGUCCUCGAGACUCUCAUCAACCUCGACACAACCAUUUCGGAAAUAAAGGAUCUGUUAACUGAUGUGAUAGAUAUAAUUCUACACUGUGUUGAUCAUAAUCAUUUAAAACAAAAACCUCUUCAAGAGGUCUUUCCUCCAGUACAAACCUUCCACCAGGUAUCCCAUUGCCUAGCUACUAGAAGAAUAGCAGUAGGAACUAAGUCUGGUUCUAUGGUUAUGUAUGAACUGAGAGCAAGCAAAGUUCAAACUAUCCCCGCUCACCAGGCUGCUAUUACAGCUCUCUCCUUUAAUACUGAUGGAAAGAAUCUCGUCACCUAUUCAGCACCAGAGAAUAAACUUUCAUUCUGGCAGACGAGUACUGGUAUGUUUGGGUUGGGUCAAGCGGUUACUAGGUGCACUAAGAGUUAUAAUACUACUCCUGUUCCCCUUGUGGUUAAAUGGAAUCCUCUCAGGACCCCUAGACUAGUCUGGGUUUCUAAUAAAACUGUGACCCUUCUACUACCAGAUGGUACAGAGACGAGAUUUAACUGUUAAACAGUUAAUUAUAGACGGUCAAACUUAUUGUUAAACUUGGAGUAGU